AUGAUCCCCCGCCUCGUCCUUCUCCCGUUCGUGUUCGCGGCCGCGCUCGCGAUGCCCGCCCCAGAAGCAGAGCUGUCGCUCGAGGCGCUGGGUAUCUCGAUCCCCCCACGGGACACGUUCGGCCUUUCCCUCGGCCAGGGGCUCGUGAAGCGUGCCUGCCCCGCCAACAAGCCGUACACGUGUGCGCGCUGGCCCGACCGCUGUACCACCGCCACCGCGGUCUGCUGCGACCUCACGUCUGGAACGACGUCGUGUGAUGCCGGGUACUACUGCUAUGUCCGCGCGACGGACGGACAGAUCAUGUGCUGCGCCAACGGGAAGAACUGCAACAUUCAGUACACUACCAUCGACGCGCCGGUUAUCACCGUCACGAACUCGCAGACGACGACCACGACGGACGCGCCCCCGCCCACGACGACGUCGUCGACGACCCCCGACCCCGUCACGACCGCUUCUCCGCCGCCUGCCCCUGACCCGAGCACCUCGUCCAGCUCGACGCAGGGCCCAACGUUCGCGCAGGUCUCGUUUGGCCAGCAGCCGUCCUACGGAUUCGGGCAGGCCCCGCCGUUCGGGCAGGCCGCAUCGUCGUCGUCCUCGUCACAGUCGGGCAAACCCACCCCCGUGCCGGUACCCAAGCCGUCCAGUGGCGCGGAGCGUGUCCUCGCCCCCGGGCUCGCGCUUGCUGGCGUCCUCGUUGGCGCUUUCGUCGCGUAG